CAAAUGUGGAACAUGUCGUAUUUUAGGUGUUAUGGUUAAAGAUAGUCUCAUGACCAGUUUUGGCUCCAAGGGCCAAAGCCCUGCAAAACCCCUGCCUCCCUCCCCGAUUCCAGCCGCCAGCUCUGCGCGACUACGCCAGGCUUCCCCCCUUCAGCCGCCCCUCUUCCACAGCUCCACCCCUCGUCUCGUGCUCUCCAUCUCGCCGCUUCCUCGCUCCCCAUCACCGCCCCAUCCGCCUUCGCCCCGCGGCCGGCCGCCGUCGCCGCGGAUGGACUCCUCCUCCUCCUCCCCCUCUCCCUCGGCGGCGGCGGCGCCCGCCGCCGACGCGGGGCGGUACACGUUCAGCCCGAAGCUGCGGUGGCAGCCGGAAGUGGAGGAGUACUUCGCCGCCGCGUACGGCCGGGACCGCUUCGCCCGCAUCUCCGAGGCCCUCGCGCAUCCUUCUCGUUAUUCUUGUAUUCGUGUCAAUACUCUUAAGUCUUCCACUGAUGCUGUCAUGCAUAAACUUAUGGACCUAGUAUGUGAAAAUGGGCUCUCUGAUGGAAUCAAUGGCGUGGAGAUUGUUGAGCAGAAUGGUGGAGACCAACCACAUGAACAGAGCUCCCUGGUCCAGAAGUGUCCCUACGCUGGCCUUGAAAACGUUUUGUUUGUUCAGGGAUCAGGGCCGCAUGUGUUGAAUUAUAAUAGCCAACCAAACCAAUCUGUUAAGGAAGUAAUUGUAAGUCGAAAAUGUGCAGAAUCAGUUCUUCGAGGUGCCCAGGUGUUUGUCCCUGGUGUGUUAGCUUGUAGUUCACAUGUUGAAAAGGGUGAUAAGGUUGCAGUCUCAGUUGCUGUUGAGCAGCCUGUCAAGGAUGGUGGGUGGGCUGUGGGUAUAACACGAGGAACUGUUUUACAGGGAUUGCAAUCAGAUGUACAUUAUGAAGAAAGGAAGGGUUUGUACAUUGGUCAAGGGACUGCUGCAAUGUCGAGAUCUGGAAUAUUUCGUGUUCUUCAUGGGAUUGCAGUAGAGAUGACUGAGAGAGUAUACAAGCUCCCAUCUUUCAAUGAUGUGCUUGAAGGGGAGAUAUUUCUUCAAAACUUACCAAGUGUUGUGGCCGCUUGUGUCCUUGAUCCUCAGCCAGGAGAGCGAAUACUAGAUAUGUGUGCAGCUCCAGGAGGAAAAACAACAGCAAUUGGUAUCCUUAUGAGGGACAAAGGAGAAGUUGUUGCCCUUGAUAGAUCUCACAAUAAGGUGAUGGAUAUUCUGAAGUUGGCUUCAGAGAUGGAUUUGAAUUGUAUUAAAGCUUAUAAACUUGAUGCCCUCAAAUCUGUACGGAAGACUGAAGAGGCAACAAUUGUUGAGAUGGUUAAUAGUCACUGUGAAGCAAUUAAGACACUGGCAGAGGACUCUGGCCCUUGCCAUGUCACAGUAGAUGGCACGGCUACUAAUGUAAAUGAAGAGAGCUCAACAACAACAGUGGUGCAGUCUGAACAACUUUUUUCAGUAGAUGAACAAAACCCAGAACCAAAAAGAUAUGUUAGCAAGGCUGAACUCAGGAAGAAUUUAAGGCGGAUGAAGAAUGGACCAGGAAGAAAUAAUUGCUCUGGUGGUAGAGUUGAAAAGUCAAAGGGAUUUUUUCCUAACAGCUUCGAUCGUGUCCUCCUUGAUGCUCCAUGCUCUGCACUUGGCUUGAGACCUCGGCUCUUUGCUGGUGAGGAAACUCUAGAGUCACUGAAAACUCAUGCAAAGUAUCAGAGGAGAAUGUUUGAUCAAGCUGUCAAGCUAGUUAGCCCAGGUGGGGUGAUUGUUUAUUCAACGUGUACUAUAAAUCCAGGAGAGAAUGAGGCCUUGGUGAGAUAUGCAUUGGAUACCUACAAGUUUCUGUCACUGGUAUCACAGCACCCAAAAGUUGGAGGGCCUGGUAUUGUUGGUUCGUGUGAGCUAUUCAACAAGACAUAUACCGAGAAAUGGUUGACAGAGCAUGAAGCUGAACUUGUUCAGAGGUUCGAUCCAUCGUCACCAGUGGAUACCAUUGGUUUCUUCAUUGCAAAAUUUAAUGUUGGAGAGAAAGAGGUCUAAUUGGACGAGAUAGAAGUAUUUAUGCAUCCGACUUCAAAUGCUUGACUGCUGCAAACUCAUGGCAUGGAUGUUAGCUUUCGGCUUCCUGCCAAGUAGAUGAUGUCUGGCAAGGACCAAGAGCAUAUUUUCGGACGAUAGAUUAUACGGCUAUACCCAUGGAGGGGACUGCCAGCUCUAACCUACUGAAAUUUUGCCAGGUGUUCAAAAUUCACUUCUGUUCGAGGAACUAUUGUUCUUUACGAUGAGAUGAUGAGGUGACUAAGAUUUCAAAUAUUUUGACAUGAUACUGAUACAUUGUCGGCGUUUGAGCCACCGGAUUACGUUGAGCGUUGGCGUAGAAGGGAAGACGAUGUAACAUCUAAAGUCCAAAAGAGGUGACUGUAACCGAAUUUUUGGACUUUCCAUAUGAAAAAUGUAAAUGUCACUCCCUCUGCUUCAUAAUACUCUCUUCAUUUCGAAUUGUAUGUCGUUUUUGCAAAUCUAGAUACGUAAAUUUAAAACUUCUUUUUGUCUUUA